GGAGGGGGGGAAACCCGGCUUUAACGAUCCUUUAACAAUAUCGUCCACGAAACAAUACCGCGUCACACGUGGCAAAUGAAACGCGCCACGCGAAUGAUAACUCCACCGCAUCAUCGGUCAUGCUCGAUCCGCCGCUGGAUGAGCUGUCCCCAUUAUCCUGCGCCAAUCAAUUGCAGCAAUAGGGGCCCAAGCGGCAGAUCACGCCCCAGGAGCUGUGAUCUCGUCUCGGGCUUCCAUCGCGUUCACGAAUUAACACCACCCAAAAACAACUUCAUUCGCGACCUCGCAUCGACGAACCAAACACAAUCAGCAGAUCUACAUUUGAUCAGGUCGCAUUCGAUCAAUAAUUUGUAAGUAUUUGAACUUUCCUUCGAACUCCCUCCCCCCCCUCCACUAACCCCGUGAUUGGACUCGCCCGGCAACACGGAAGAGAAGACGAGGGGGGCCACCUCACUGCAUCUCUGCUGCCGCCUCCUCCUCCUCCUCCGCCUCCUCGAUUCCUCGUUCCUCGUCCUCCCUUCUUCCCUCCCUCCUCGUCCUCGUCGUCGUUGUCCGGAGACGUCGCCAUGCCCAAGACGAGGCCGGCCAAGCUGACCCCGAGCAAGCUGUACAUCUGCUCGUUCGAGAACUGCAACGCGGUGUUCAACAAGGAGCGUUACCUGCGCGAGCAUGUGGGCAAGCACACGGGAGAGAACACAUUUGCGUGCGAGGUGCCCGGCUGCAGCAAAGCGUUUAUGCGCAAGGAGCACUUCGAUAACCACAUGCGGCGCCACACGGGAGAGAAGCCACACGUCUGCGAGUAUGAAGGCUGCAAUGAGGCCUUCUCCUUGCGAUCCAACCUGAUGCGGCACAUCCGGAACAAUCACGAGAACCCCGAAAAAAUAUACCAGUGCGAAUACGAAAACUGCUGCUUGAGAUUUAAAACGGAAGACCAGCUGAAAAUACACCAGGUUGUCCACACCAAGACGCUACCGUUUCGGUGUCGCUACGAAGGCUGCGACAAGGCGUUCAUGCUCCCAAGCAGACGGACGGCGGCACGAGCAGGUUCACAGUGAAGAACCGCAGCACGUGUGCUCGGUGUGCGGGCACGGCUACCGGCGGAUCGACAUGCUGCGCAAGCACGAGUGGAUCCACGCCGCCAAUCGGCCCAUGUUCCACUGCCUCGAGGCCGAGUGCGGCGCGCGCGUACACCACUCGUCCAUGCUGCGCUACCACGUGCUGGCGCACCACCACGGCAUGGGGCCCUACCAGUGCCAGGAGCCCGGCUGCUACAAGGCCUUCACCUCCAAGCAAAAGCUCACAAAGCAUCGCUCGGACACAUGAACCGCCAAAAGCAAAAGUCAAAGAGGUCGAAAAGGAGGCAAAGGAUUCGUUGGACCUCCCAGCUGAGCGGAAUAUUACCUGCGAAGGGCGGCGGCGACGUCUCGCCGAUUGGAACCCAUACGCGGCGCACGAUCCCACCCGACUGCAGCACGCCGGUUACGGCGUGGCCAACACACCGCCCUCUCUCAGCAGCUGAGCUUUCCUGCUGCGGAGGCCGUUUUUUUUUUUUUUAAAGAUGUGCCUCUCUUAAUCCACACUAAAAUUGAAAAGGUGCUUUUGGCUGACCUUACAAAGGCACCGUGGGGGGGAGGGGGGGUGGUGGGGGGUGUGUGUGGGGAGAAAAUAACCCCCACAGUGCCUUGCAAGCGGCCCUGAGAGCACGCUCGUGUACAUACAAUGCACACCGCGCUUUGAGACGCCGGCUUGAAGACGGCUGUUAGCGUGUGGCAUCGUUACAUUUCACAGCGGUUAGGCAGCGUGGUAAUUUUUGUACAAAUGACAUUGCUGUUGUUAUUGUUAUUAGGGAUCGUCAGAACUGUAUAGCCCUGCUGCUCUGCUUACCAAGCGGUUUGUAAUAAAGAAACAAUCCACUUGGUCAUCUGGAGCUUUGUAAAAUUCCUGCUUUGUAAAAGCAAAAAAAUAUGGCACAGUCUAAAUGCCGGCUGGAGUACACACGACAGUGUUCUGUAGCCAACGAGAAUCUCGAUCAUUGCGAAAAAGAGGACGUUUCUUGGCAUUUGCGGAUUAUUUUGGCAGGAGGAAAUGUUUGAGGUUUUAAAAGUGGACACUACAGUUUAAUUUUGAGGCGAGUCAUUGUGGUUGCAUUCGUAAGUGACGUAAGUGACGUAUGUACGGGUGUCCCGGGUCUCUAGUCGCCGCACCCAUGCUGUGGACCCACACGUGCACUAACAAAGACGGAUCGGUUGAGUAUCAUUGCAGGCCUUUCGGGCAAGUGCUGUUUGCGAACACCUAUUAAGGUCGGCACGGCACACAUUUUUGGAUGUGUGGCGAGCCGUGCACCUAGCCACCUUUGUUAACGCCGGUGCUGUUAUUUUGACGCGCCGCAUCGCACUCAUUGAAGGCCAGUGGAACUAGUGGAGGCCCAAGUGCGAGUUCGGUCGCACACCACGUGCCACUUGAUAUAAGCCAUGGCCGGUAAUCAAACACAAAUAUCUGGGAGGAUAGGACAGAGCUGUCUCCACCACUCCCCACGCGUUGCAUAACUUUUGGUUUUGUAACAAUGACGAAGAUCCCCUGUAUCGCCUUAACGAAUUGCGUGGGGGCAAGUGCCGUUUGCGAGCACCUCUGAAGGCCGGUACGGCACAUGAUGGGGCGUUGUGGCCAGAACCACGCCCGGACACCUUUGUCUCCGAUUGGUGAUGUUUACACACCGCACC